GCUUAUAAUAUGACAAAACUAUUUGAAUUUGAAUUGUGUAAAUUUGAAUUAUUUGCAAGUGUAAUCUAAUAAAACUGAAUUUUAGGUGGUAGUUGAAAUGGUUCUGAAUUAGAUUUUUUUAAACGAAUAUUUAUUAUUUGAAAUUUAACAAAUUGAAAUGUUUUUAGGGCUGAAUUUUAUAGACAUGUAUUUUCAAACAGCUAGUUUUUUUGUUCUGAAUUCGUAUACUGCAAAUAUUCAGGUAAAAAAAAUUCAGAUUCAAGUUUUCAAGAUGAAGAAAAAAGGAACUUCAAAUUCAGUUUUCUAAAAUUCAAUGUCAAAAAUUCAAUAUCAAAGAUUCAGAUCUAGGUCACAGGUCAUCCACAGGGAUGAGUAGAUGAUCUCAGAAAAGUCGAACUUGACCCAUACUCCCAAUAGGUGGCGGUAAUGCACCUUAAAGUUGUGUGCCAACUGCCUUUAAAAUAAUAAGAAGAAGCAGCAUUUGUUUUCCAGCGCGAACGUGGUGGUGUUUGGAGAGUCUGAUCAUGAAUCGCCCGGAGGAACAGAUACUUCUAGAUCUCAUAUGGGAAAGACUUCGCUCGCGUUUGGAGCAUGCACUUGCCAGGAUGCCUGUGGAUUUGGACUUUUUAGAAUAUAUAUGUGUUCAGGAGUUGGUGUUCCUCAGUGCCAUAUCCCCCCAGGUCAUCAUUCCUGUUGAUAUAUGGGAAGGUUUGACCGGUCUGCACCAUGCAAUUACUUUAGAAAGGCAAAGAAAUGAGACGCAUGUUGUGACAGCGCACUUUGAACAAGGUAGUUGUGGACGACCAAAAGCAGUCAUUGGUUGUGAAUAUCUCACCAGUUUGCUUGAGAUGAACUUACCAGUGAGGUGCAUUGCCUCUCUUCUGGGGGUAUCUGAACGGACUGUACAUAGACGACUGGCAGAGUUCAACCUAUCAGUUAGAUCACUGUAUAGUUCGCUAACAGACAGUGAACUAGACACAUUAGUGUCUUCUAUUAAGUUCAGAAUGCCAAACUCUGGGUACAGGAUAGUGAAGGGAGCUUUGAAAUCUGAAGGGCACAAGGUACAAUAUGAGCGGGUGAGGGCAUCACUUCAUCGAGUGGACACACUGGGAGUUUUAUCCAGGAUGACAGAGCUGGGUUGUGUUGUACGGAGGAGAUAUUCAGUCCCAGGUCCCAAAUCAUUGAUGCACAUUGACACGAAUCACAAAUUAAUAAGGUAUAACAUCGUCUUGUUUGGAGGGGUGGAUGGCUUUUCGCGAAAGAUAAUGUACCUUGGGGCUGCCACAAACAAUACAGCAUUAACAGCACUGACCUUCUUCCAAGAGUCUGUGGAAAGAUAUGGCUUUCCUCUCAGGGUCAGAGGGGACCAUGGGGUGGAGAAUGUGGACAUUGCACGUUUAAUGUUCACAAUUCGUGGAACAGGGAGAAGCAGUUUCAUUUCAGGAAAAAGUGUCCACAACCAAAGAAUAGAGAGACUGUGGAGAGAUGUGUGGACUGCAGUGACCAGUGUGUACUAUAAUGUGCUACACUAUCUUGAGGAGGACAACUACCUUAAUAUUGCAGACCAAACACAUCUCUUCUGUUGCCACUAUACAUUCCUACCAAGGCUACAAGAUGAUCUGAACUUUUUCCGAGAUGGGUGGGAUAAUCACCCUUUGAGAACAGAACACAACAUGUCUCCAAACCAGCUCUGGGAACUGGGUCAGUUUCACUAUCCAGUUGAUGAUCCCCCAAACGAAGAGGAAAUGAACAUUGCCGAGAUUGAUUGGGAAAGCAGUGGGUUGCCUCCUGAUGAAAACGUUGGUGUUAACGUUCCGACUGUACAAUGUCCACUUACACCAGAGCAACUUACUGCACUGAAGGAGACAGUGGAUCCUAGGUCACCAUCACAAUCCUAUGGGAUAGACAUUUACAUGGCUGCAGUGCAGUUUUGCCAAGCACUUGAAUGACACAUUAACUGCUGAAACAAUUUGAAUUUAUUUGCUGGAAAAUUAAACCAUACAAUUACAUGUGUAUGUUUGAAUACAUAUAACUAUGGAUUGCUUUAGAGCAGGUGUGUUAACUCUUGUAAUGGGUUUUUAACCCUUCUCCAAAAUAAAACUGCAAUAAUA